AAGGCGAAGCAGGCGAAGCGGGCGAAGAGAGAGAGAGAGAGAGGGAGGACAUGGCCGCCAGUCACAGCACGGCACAGUCAGUCAGUUUAGUUAGCUGCCUCAGGCCGAGGAGACAGGAGUCAAGACAAGCCGCCGUGCUGAGCAUCGUGUGCACUGAGGCACUGUGCAGCGCCACAGCGCAGCAGCGUGAGCCGUGUCCGUCGGGGCACCUCCACCCAAGUGCCAGUGCAACCACAACAACAAACAACAACAACAAGUGCGAGUGAGACAACAAGUGCAGCAUUCAUCUUUAUGGAGUCGAACCACAGUGUUCGUCUACCCCCCGAUACGGCAGCAUGAAAAUGACGCAUGGGAUAUCGCCGGCCCCGCGGAUACAUCGGCGAGUCGGCAAGCGACAGUCGUCGGGAAAAAACAGACCAGUACCAGGUUUGUCGGCCAUAGGGACCCUGCAGAACUUAUUAGAGGAACUCCAGGCCAGCGUCGACCCCUGCGACAACUCGAGCGACUCGGGCCUGGGAUUCGACCACCACCUGGACUACCACUUCAAUGCGCGCCGGAGCCUCUCGUACCUCGAGCAGGAGAACUGGUACGAGGAGCAUCCCGAGACGAAGCGCAGGCGGGUGGACAUCAAGGUUGAGUCGGAUGACGCCAACGACUACUGCUUCCCAGAAAACAUUAUGAGAGUCAAAGGUCCAUCGGAGUCUUCCAGGGUGGUCCCCGACCAUCUGGGCGCCGUGCUGCGCGAGGGCCUUCGCGAGGGGCUCCGCGAGGGGCUCCGCAGCAACCCUGGCGUGGUGGGGCGGCCGCUGACGCGCGCCGCCAACAUCGCGGGCGGGCUCUCCCUCAACGGGCCGCUGCCGCUGGGCCCGCUCACGUCGCUCACGUCGCUGGGGCGGCGCGCGGCCGGCGCCGGCGUGCACCACGGCAGCGGGCUGGCGGCCGGCGGCGUGGUGCCGGUGCUGCCCGGCGGCGUCGUGACCCUCACCACGCAGCUCGGCAACACGAGCCGCGACGGGCGCGUGCAGCUGCAGAUGGUGUACCAGCCCGAGACGCAGCACCGCGCGCGCUACCAGACCGAGGGCAGCAGGGGCGCCGUCAAGGACCGCUCUGGCAACGGCUUCCCGGUGGUCAAGCUUUCUGGCUACAACAAGGCGGCCACGCUUCAGGUAUUUAUUGGCACCGAUCAGGGACGUGUUGCACCUCACAUGUUUUACCAAGCGUGUCGAGUUUGUGGGAAAAACUCAACCCCUUGUGUCGAGAAGAAAGUAGAUGGCACUGUCGUAAUUGAAGUGGAUUUUGAACCGUCUAAGGAAAUGACAGUCACGUGUGACUGCGUUGGAAUACUCAAAGAGAGAAACGUCGAUGUAGAACACCGAUUCCCAGACCAGACUACGAGUCGUAGCAAGAAAAAGUCAACAAGGUGCCGCAUGGUGUUCAGAGCAACAAUUGUCAACGACGAUGGCACCCAAGAAGUUCUACAAGUCACAUCACAGCCUAUAGUUUGCACGCAACCUCCAGGCGUCCCUGAAAUUUGUAAAAAGUCUCUCACAACAGCACCUUGCACUGGUGGCAUGGAACUUUUCAUUAUUGGCAAGAACUUCCUGAAAGAUACUAGAGUCAUAUUCCAGAAAGAAGAUGAAGACUUUUGUUGGAAAGAAGUUGUCAUACCAGACAAGGAAUACCUGCAACAGACUCAUCUUGUUUGCACAGUACCAGCAUUGCGCUGCCCAAGUGGUAAUUUAACAGAACCAGUGAACGUGCGCCUAUUGGUGGAGUCCGGUGGUAAGGCGAGUGAGGCGCACACCUUUCUUUACACAUCUGCUGCAAUGCCUGCUACUCCUGCAAUGCAAGUGGGUUCGUCCGAUGUAUCAAAAUGCUGCUCAGCUUCAUCGGAAACUGGUAUUCCUCCAGUGUUAGAACUCAAUCGCAGCUACUCAAGUUCCAGCCUCCUGGUCUCAGGCAAUGUGCCCCCACCAGUUGCAGUGGCUGGUCCAGGCUCAUCUCUUAUGAUGCCCUUUGCACCUGUCAGUGGUACAAGUCCUGUCAAGGAGGAUGUGCACCCUUCGAUGCUGUGGCCCUCAGGUCAGGUGCUGAAAGAGGAGAAGGCAAAGGAGCUCAUGCCGCCUCCGAUCUCCAUGGCUCCCACCAGAAGACCAUCUCUCAUAAUACCCGACCCACUGCCCGCUCUGAAGACAGAAGUCAUGGACGAGCCGAUAAUGACAUCCAUGUCCAACCCAGUAAUGCCACCUUCUGUUCUUCCAUCGAGUAUGCCGCCCCCACCUGCGCCUUCAGCUGAACAUCUACAUGGAGUCGACUUGCGCAUGAACUCAAUGAAGAGUCCUUCGAUGGCUACUAUUCAGCAGUUCAUGAGACCUUCCGAAGCUAAUGGCUGCUUACCAACUCAAAGUGGACAAAGUGUGGAAAGUUUCCUCAACCGCCUUGAGUCUGAUAAAGUGGCACUCGAACAGCAAAGACAACAGAUUCAACAGCAACAGUCACCUCCACGACAAUCGCCACAGCAGCAAGAGCAGUCCCCUCAGCAGCGAUCACCAUUAGAUUCACACAAGUCCCCUGAACUUCAGCCAACACAUCAAGAACAGGGAAUUUCGAUGUCAUUGCAAGUGCAGUCCAUGAUGGAAUCACCUCAGGCAGAGCCUUUUAUGAAUCCUCCGCCCCAUCCUGCUCCAGGGCCAAUCGUCCCUCAGAUGGACAACAUGCUCCUGUAUCCACCCCCUGUAACCACUCAAGAUAUGUAUGUAGCAAGGCCCUCUGCUCCGUUGAGUACAACAUCAUAUCUACCACCUAACUGCAAUACCUCGCCUAUAGCGCAGAAGUCCAUUCUCAACUCCGAAUCUCCACCGCAAUUUUCAUCGGAUGCUGCUCUACAUGACGAUAACAGCAACCACACCACUGAGCUGAAGCCGUCCCCCCACCAGCAUUUUGCAGGCCUCUCUAACCCACAACUGAGCCAUAUGAUGCACAGUGAGCAAGCCAGUCGGUCUCAGCAGAUGGGUCAUUUGAUGCAUGACGAAAGUAGCAACCACGCACAAAUUGCUCAAAUUUUACAUGAUGAGGCGAGCAAGGAGGCAACGCAGUUAAGUCAGAGCAUGCACGAUGAGCGAAGCAACCAUGCUGUUGAUGUGAAAGUAUCAGCUACUCAGCAAAUGGCGUGUUUCCUUCACGAUGAGAGGAGUAACCAUGCCAUGGAAGUGAAGACAACAGCGGUGCAACAUUUGGCUGAAAUGCUUCAAGACAGUCAAAGUAAUCACGCCCUGGAUGUGCAAACAUCAACAGCCCAACAGUUUGCGCACAUGCUGCAGAGUGAUCAUAGUAAUCAUUCAAGAGACGUGAAGACAUCUUGUCAGUCAUUUGGUCAAAUGUUGCAUGAUGAGAGCAGCAGCCACACAAUGGAUGGCAAGCCACCGUCAUCACAAAGUAUGGCUCAGAUGAUGGCUAAUGAUAGCCGAAAUAAUGCCACUCAGCAACUUGCUCAAAUGCUGCAUGAUGAAGUCAGCAAUCACGCUGUUGAUGUGAAGACGACGACUGCUCAGCAGCUUGCUCAAAUUUUACAUAAUGAAGCAAGCAAUGCUGCCUUGAUGGUACAAGAGGAACAGCACAACAAGGGUCCUUCCCACUUAUCCUUUUCGCACUUUCUCCGAGGACAGCACUCCACGAUGGAAAUGAACGCUGGGCAGCAAGGCUUUGCGCCGAUCCAGCAGGGAAACCCUAGCCAGUCACCUGAAAUGAAAACGUACUGUAACACUGCCUCUGCUGCCCCUCUCCUCAACAUCAGCAAUACGCAGGUCUCAAGUCUACUGACCGACUCCUCAUUGGUGAUAACUCAGGCACCUUCGAGUGAGGCAAUGCAAGUGAACUGCAUUACAACACCAAGCUCCUACAACAAACCAGUUUACAAUGAAUCAGGAGCAGACAUGCAAGUCACGCAAGCUCAAGUUCAAGCCCAAGUACAAGCAGUUCAGGCAGCUCAGGUUCAAGCGCAAGCACAAGCACAGAUGCAAGCCCAGAUCCAAGCCCAAGUACAGGCUGAAGUGCAAGCGCAAGUUGAAGCCCAAGCCCAGGUGCAAAUGCACGCACAGGCUCAAGUACAAAUGCAGGUUGAAUCGCAAGUACAAACGGAUCCUCACUCUCAGGCUCAAUCGAGCUCGCAUCAAAUAGGUUUUGUUGCUGUGACUACAAGUGCUGGUAUGAUGGACUUUCCAAUCCUCACAAAAACGCUGGCCAGCGGAAAAAUGUUUGCCACAGAGGUUCAGCAGCAGCAGCAAAGUACUCAACAAAAUCAGACAACUACCAAACCAUCUGGGGACUUCCCAGAAUAUUUUGACAUGUUUCAAAGCCAGUAA